AUGUUUUCCAAUGUUUACAACAGCAAUUCCGAUGAAAAUGAAAUAUUUAUUGUAUCCUUGAAUAGGAAUAUUCCAAUUCAACACUUGAAUCUUGUGAAUCAGCUAGAUGUUGAACUUGAUGAUUGCAUAUUAUCAAAAUAUAUUGAUAUAUCGAAUAUGAUUGAUAUGGUAUUUGGCAAAACAUAUGAUCCUAGUUUUAUAGAAUGUAUCUUAAACUUGUUGAAAUCCAAGCAAAUUGCGUUUCCUCUCUUUUCACAAGUGGAUGCAAAAGUUCUUAUUAACAAUUAUUCAAAUAAUCAUCAUGUUCUUACAUUAUCAUCUUUACAUACUAUUAAACCAUUUACUUCAGUUUGUUUAAAUUGUGGCAAAUCAUUAAAGCUUCAGUUUAAAGAAAAAGUCAAUGUUUUUUUGAUUGAUCGUGUAGAAAACGGAACAAUUUACAUUGCUAACUGUUGUCAAAUAGACUAUUUUCCAAAUAGUUUUCUUAAAAUGUCGAAGCGAUUUGUUGUUCCAGGCUCGAUACAAAAUAAAAAAUAUAUUCAUUUUGGUGGAAAAUCUGUUCUAACUAUUGAGAUAGUAUUACGAUACGCUGCUGAUUUAGUAAACUUGUAUUCAGGUUUUGAAAAUUUUGCUGAGGGAUACAACGACACCAUGCUCUCAUUAUUGUUAUCUCGUUCAAAUAUGCAAUCUAAUCAAGUAACAAAUCCACCACUAUUAGAACGUCGAUUGUUCGAGAAUAUUUGGAUGAUAUAUUCUUCCACAUUAAUAACAAUUUUCUUGUCAAAAACACAAGAAAUACAAAUUCCAUUAAACAUGAGUGAUAGACACCAAAUGAACACUUACUUUAAUGAAACGUUGCCAAUAUGGGAACACCAAUUUAUUUUAUUCUGGUCAAAUCAUUCUGUUCGAAACAGCUGUGGUGAUAAUUGUUCAGGUGCAAUUGUCAUUGACGGCUUUCAAAAACCAGAUCGAUUUGUUUGUCAAUUCACUGAUGUUAUUCAUUCAAAUGAACUAGGUGAUAUAGAUUGGGGAUGUGGGUUUCGUCCAGAGAUGAUACAAGACAAAAAAAAUCCUGGAUUUUGGAAAAACACCAAUUUUUGUCCGAAACACGUUCAUCUAAAUAAUGACCAAUCAACUGAAGAUAUUAACAACAGCAAUGAUUAUGAUAAUAUCGACUGCAACGUUUCAAGGAAUGAUCGUUAUGCAAGUCGAAAAACAUCGUACGGUAUAAUAUUGACAAUAUACAAUUGUGGAAUAAUCGUGAAUUUUGAUGAAUUAUACCGAUCGGAAUCACCGAUGCGUGUAAUUCAUCAUUUACUAAAUACGAUCGAGCAUCUAUCACCAGCAGCGUAA